UAUUCCCGCUCCCACAGUCUUCUACACGCCUAGCGUCCUAAUCUCAUCUGGGAUUGACAGCUCGACCGUUUCCCAUCUAGAAUUCUGCGUGGGUGUUUUGCUUGCUUCCGUCUCUGCUCAAGUCUCAAGCGGCAUCGUUUGGUCGAAUCCCCAUCCCAUUUUCUUACAAAACCAUUUAUCUUCUCAAUCCCCCGCUUUCUUCUCUCUGCUGCACAAGCACACAUAUAUAUAGAUAUAAAUCAUCAUAUAAAUAAAUUGUCAUCCUUACAUUUUCCCACAACAUAAUCACACUUUGCUUCUUCCUUCCUCCCUCCCUCUUCUCGAUACAGAGAGAUCGGAUCUAGUUUUCGUCCACAUCCACUCCGGCAAUGGCCGCUACCACCGAGAAGCUCUCCGCCCUGAAACCCGCCGUAGCCGCUCUCGAUCAAAUCAGUGAGAGUGAGAAGAAUGGCUUCAUCAAUCUCGUCUCUCGCUAUCUCAGCGGCGAAGCUGAGCAUGUUGAAUGGAGCAAGAUUCAGACACCUACCGAUGAGAUAGUGGUUCCUUAUGACACCUUGACUCCUCUCUCUGAUGAUCCGGCGGAAACCAAAAGCCUACUGGACAAACUAGUGGUGCUGAAGCUCAAUGGUGGUUUGGGGACAACAAUGGGCUGCACGGGGCCUAAAUCUGUGAUUGAAGUCCGCAAUGGAUUGACGUUCCUUGACCUCAUUGUCAUGCAGAUUGAGAAUCUCAAUAACAAAUACGGAUGCAAGGUCCCUCUGCUUUUGAUGAACUCAUUCAACACUCACGAUGAUACAUUGAAGAUUGUGGAGAAGUACACAAAUUCAAAUAUUGAGAUCCAUACAUUUAAUCAGAGUCAGUACCCCCGUUUGGUUGUUGAGGAUUACUUGCCAUUACCAAGCAAGGGGCACGCAGGCAAGGAUGGAUGGUACCCUCCUGGUCAUGGUGAUGUUUUCCCAUCCUUGAAGAACAGUGGCAAGCUUGAUGCAUUGUUGUCUCAGGGAAAAGAGUAUGUGUUUGUUGCCAACUCUGACAACCUUGGAGCUGUCGUGGAUUUGAGUAUCCUGGAGAUUCUAAGUCAUUUGAUAAGAAACAAGAAUGAAUACUGCAUGGAGGUGACACCCAAGACAUUGGCUGAUGUUAAGGGUGGUACCCUCAUUUCUUAUGAAGGGAAAGUUCAGCUUCUGGAAAUAGCACAGGUCCCUGAUGAGCAUGAGCAGAGUGUCUCUGGAAUGUUGCUACUUUUAGAUGUUUGUGCUGCUUGUAAUAUCCUGUUGGAGUUUAUGGUUGACUUUUAUUACUUAAAACAGGUUGGUGAAUUCAAGUCAAUUGAGAAGUUCAAAAUUUUCAACACAAACAACUUGUGGGUAAAUUUGAAUGCUAUCAAGAGGCUCGUGGAAGCUGAUGCUCUGAAAAUGGAGAUAAUUCCGAACCCCAAGGAAGUUGAUGGUAUCAAAGUUCUUCAGCUAGAAACCGCAGCUGGUGCAGCAAUCAAGUUUUUUGACAAGGCAAUUGGCAUUAAUGUGCCUCGCUCACGGUUCCUACCUGUCAAGGCAACUUCAGAUUUGCUUCUUGUCCAGUCGGACCUUUACACUGUGGUUGAUGGAUAUGUCAUUCGCAAUGAGGCCAGAAAGAAUCCUCAGAAUCCCUCUAUUGAACUUGGCCCAGAGUUCAAGAAGGUUGGCGAUUUCUUGAGCCGAUUCAAGUCCAUUCCCAGCAUUAUUGAUCUUGAUAGCCUCAAGGUUGCUGGCAAUGUAUGGUUUGGUGUAGGCAUUAAGCUCAAGGGGAAGGUAACCAUAACAGCUGGGGAGAAGCUGGAAAUCCCCGAUGGUUCAGUAAUUGAGAACAAGGACAUCAAAGGCCCUGCAGAUCUGUAGGCGGGGAGGUCUCUUUUUCUGCUGGUCGAGGCAGUCUUGUUGUGGUGUGGUUGGAUUGGAGCAUGUUACAUGUCCCUCCGUUGCAGCGUUUUGAACAACCAGUAAUUAGAUUAAUCAAAAACACCUAAGGGAUUGAUGGAAAAGGUUUUUGUUUGUUGUAUUUGGUGGGCUAUCGUGUUUGAUUUGCAAGGCAUGUCAUGAUACUUGAUAGUCUCAUCCAUACCAGUAUAGUUAUAAUCGUCUCUUAUCUGAGUAUUAUUGUCUACGAACGUGAUUGGUUAUAAUAAAAGUAAGUAAAUCAUAACUUGAAUUUGUGGG